UCAAUUAAACGCUAAAAAAAGUUUCCUAGUUUUCUUCAAAACUAAGUAACAUAAAAAACUGUUUUCAUUACUACUUCUUUUCCUCAACCAUCAAGAUCUCAAAAGUGUUUAUUCUUCCUUCUCCCUGCUUUCAAUUUUCAUUAUUACCUCUUUUCUCAGUUACCUUCUUCUAAAUAAUCUCAUAGCUAUUUUCUACACUCUCUACAACUUUUUCCAACAACCCUUCAAAUCUACUAGAGAUUAGAAACCAAACAUCAAAAACACACAACAAAUGUUUCAUCAUCUUUGAGUUCUUGUUCCUCUUCAGCCAAUGGAUGAGAAAGUAGAUUGGUCUCAACUCCCUAUAGAACUAUGGCCCAAGAUAGGAAAAUCUCUUGAUAAUCACAUAGAUGUUCUUAGAUUUCGCAGUGUUUGUGAAUCAUUUCGUUCUUCCAUUCCUCACUGUCUUCCAAAUUCUCCUUCUUUUCCUUUACAACUAACUCAUCCCAUCAACAACAGAGUAAUCCCCACUUUCCUCAAUUUAGCUACCAUUUACCUUAUUAAACCAACUCAUGAAAGUUCCAGCACAAAUUUAUCUUCUUCUUCUUCUUCCAAAGGUUGGUUGAUUAAAGUUGAAGAAUCAAACAAUCAUCCUUUGAGGAGUUUGUUGGGUCCUAUCUCCGACCGAAAAUUAUCAUAUCCUCUUAGUAAUAAUGCUUCUCUAAUGCUAUUGAACUUGUUGAAUUAUAGGGUCAUUGAGCUAUGCAAAUCAUAUUCAUGUAGAGGUCGAAGAACUAGAUGGUUUUCAUGUAAGGUGAGAAAAGUUGUGUUCUAUCCUAACUCUCCUUGGAUCAAUGUCAAGGAUUGUGUAGCUUUUUGUAUCUUUCAAAAAGGUAGAAUAGGAUUCAUUAAACAUGGUGCUAAAAAUUGGAAACUUGUGGAUCACAAGAAUUGCAACUAUGAUGAUGUUAUUGUGUUUAAGGGUCAGUUUUAUGUUACUGAUAAAUGCGGAACUAUUUCACGGUUUGAUGUUUGUUCUUUGAAGUUGAUACAAUUUUCGCCUCCUUUGUGUGGUUUUGGAAACAAGAAAGAUUUGGUGGAAUCUUGUGGUAGUCUUUAUGUCGUUGAUAGAUAUUACGAAAGCAGUGACGAAGGCAGUGACGAAAGCAGUGAAGACUUUGGUCGAGAUGAGGUUGUGGAAUGUUUCAAAGUUUAUAAGUUGGAUGAAGAAUGUGGAAAAUGGGUUGAUGUGAAAAACUUGAGAGAUAGAACUUUCAUUUUGAGCAAUACUUGUAACUUUUCUGUUUCUGCUGAAGAAUUGAUUGGAUAUCAAGGGAAUUGUAUCUACUUUAAGGAUACUUUUGAUGUUCGUAUGUAUAAUUUGGAAGAUCAUAGAAUUGUUACGGUUGAUUUUCAUCCUAGUAUUGACAAGUCUUUGUGGUCUAAUGCUCCUUGUGUGAGAAGGUGAGAUGUUAGAAGAAAUAACAGGUCUAGCAAAUUCAGUUUCAAAGUUAAGAGUGUCAAUAUGCAGAAGAAAGCCUCUCCCUAAAGAAGUGCAGAAUGUAGAGACUAUUUGCUAAGUGAUGUGUUUUUUUCUGCUACAAGUAUAUAAUUAGAUUAAAUUAAACUGUGUAGUUCAAGGAUUGAAGGCUAUUUACAUCACAAUGGCAUCUUCUACAAUCUACAUGUUCUCUUUAUUGUAUAUCAAUAUAGUUAUUAUUCCAUAGUGCUUAGACAUUAUUGAAAAUAAUGUACUUAUUUACAUUAG